AAGUUAGAUAUUGUAUCAGAGACAAUAUUUGAGCAAGAACCCUCACGAUCUAAGUGUCCUCUGAAACAAUGGCCGCUUUACCAUCUACUUCCUUUUUGUCAUCCUCGAACAUGUCAUCAGUUUUUUCAGAUUCUAAUCGCCAUCGAAAUGAUCGCCGUCGCUACAGUCGAAGCGACCGAGACAUCGACUCGCUCAAGAUGACAGAAGAAGAGCCAACUCCAGCUUGUGACACUGACGCCGUAGACGUAGGCAUAUUUCUGAUUCUACUCACUCCGAUCCGAUCCCUCCAGUCCGUGGAUUAAACAUGAUAUCAACUAUCUCAUACCAGAAAAUAUCUUUGAAGAGAAAGUAAAGAAGAAGAUGAAGAGAUUGGUUGCUUUGAUAGCCAGCGCCGGAUGUGCUUUUAUGAGUUUUAUGUGAUUUUGCGUUGAGUAGAGAAUAUGAGUAGGAGUUUAUUAGGGUGAAAAACUGAGGGAGUCGGAGCCGCUUCCAUGUCUUACGAUCGAUACAUUCUUCUUGGGAAAGCGAUGGCCUUUUGGUAGAAUGGAGGAUUAGGGUUACGGGAAGGAGGUAGUAGGAGAAUUAAGGUUGGGCCGGAAUGGGGUAAGGUUGGGCCGGAACUUCAAAUUGGUUUGAGAUCAAGCCCGUAGUUACAUGGCAAAAUGAUUGGUGAAGAAUAUUUCUGCUCAUGUAACACCUUUUAGAAACUCUUAAAAUAGUCUCUUUUUAUAUAAUAGUGAUUAGCUUAUUUAACGCGUAAAUUUACGUACAUUUGUCCGAAUAUCCAAAAUGUUAUCAUAUCGUUGAAAAAGGAAUGUGCAAAUUCAAUUGGGAAGCAAUGUUUAAGAAAAAUAUAGUUUUCAACGUUCAAAGUUCGUUUGAUUACUAAAGAUUACAACAUUAUUGUGUGCUAGUACAUAUCAUAUGCCAACUUGAAUAUGAAAGUUAAGCUAAUAAGGCAUUAGGCAUAUGUGUGAAUCUUUGAACUUUUAAUAAUUAAAUGUUAUAAUUGACUUUGUCACCAUUUGAUGUAUUAUAGAUUUAGAGCAUCAUUAUCUAGGGUUUCUUAGAACAUGGUUUUUAGGAGAAUAUAAGAAAUUGUUUCUUAAUUUUUAACUAAAAAAUCAAGAAACCGAUUCUUAAAGUACUGAGAUUGGGAAAUUAUUUUUUAAUUAGACAAGACAAAAGUAUAUGAAAGCUAUGCUAUACACGGUUAAGAGAAUUACUGUUUACAACCCACUAUAACCGAAAAUAACGAUUAAUGUUAUGUUAAUUAUAUUUUGUAAGGCAUAAGGCAACGGUUAACAUUUUAUAAUAAUACUAUUGAUUAAAAGUGUAUAACCCAACCCUAAUAACAAUUGACAUUUUUCAUUAACUGACAAGAUGAAAUAGUCAAACACUUGCAAACGUGGUAAGCAAAACCUUGUCGUCAUUAUUAUAAUAUACUUGGAUGUAAUUGUCUAAGUAUAUAAAAAACUAAGGCUUAUACAUCCAAGUCAAUGAUUUUUUUGGUUUGGUUCUAUAUAUAUUCACAGGUAAGCAUUCAUCAUCAACGCAAAGACCAAUCUCUCUAUAUAACUUGUUAAAAACACAUCUUCUCUUCAUAGCAUCAAAAGAGUAGAAGCCAAAGUUAACACCAUCAAAAGGUUCAAGAGGAAGAGAAGAGAGAGCUUACAUCUUUCAAUGGCGAAAAAGGCCAAGUUUGCUUUCUUCUCUUCCUCAUCUCCCAAGUCCCUCCCUUCUUCUCCUUCUUCAUUCACAUCUUUCCCAGCCUCUCCUCUGAGCCAGAACUUUACUCAGUCUUCUAUGGAGGAAGCAGUGGAGAGAGCAGAAGCAGUCAUCAGAAAAUGGGAUCCAAACACGCCUUCCUUCACCAAGAUAGUCUCUCUGUUCAACCACAGCAGAAAAGAAGCCAAAGAGUUCAUCAUAUGCGUCCGUGACUUGCGAAAAGCGAUGCACUUUCUUGUCUCCCAAGACUCUCAAUCCCCUAAGCUCGCUCUUGCGCAGACCCUGAUGCAGAUCGCCAUGACGAGGCUGGAGAAAGAGUUCUUCCAGAUAUUAUCUUCAAACAGAGACAAGCUUGACCCUGAAUCAGUUUCAGGUCAAUCCUCAAUCUCUAGCAACUCCGAGUUUGAAGAUAUCAUGCAAUCUGAUGAUGAAGAUGAGAUCAAGAAAGCUGGUGAGUCCAUCACACAGGUUGAGAAAGCUUCAGCGGUGGUGAUGUCGGACUUAAAGGCUAUUGCAGAGAGUAUGAUCAGUUGCGGAUAUGGUAAAGAGUGUAUAAAGAUUUACAAAAGGAUCAGAAAAUCAAUUGUAGAUGAAGGGAUGAGCUUGCUUGGGAUUGAACCCUACAAAGGCUCAAGAUUUCACAGAACGGACUGGGUCACGCUCGAGCAUAUGAUCAAGAACUGGAUCAGAGCUGCAAAGAUUGGCGUUGCCACGCUCUUCCGUGGAGAGAAACUUCUCUGUGAUCAUGUCUUCUCUGCUUCGAACUCAACGAGAGAGUCGUGCUUUUACGAGAUUGCAUACGAAGCAGCCACUAACCUUUUCAAGUUCCCUGAGUUUGUAGCCAAGGAGAAGAAGUCUCAUGAGAGGAUCUUCUCGCUGAUGGAUCUCCAGGCUGCCAUCUCUGAUCUAUGGCAGGAGAUAGAGAUGACAUUCCACUUCGGUUCAGUGGCCGGUGUGAAGUCUCAGGCGCUCUCAUCUUUGCAAAAGCUAAAGGUUUCAAUCCACAGUGCUCUCGUUGAUUUUGAAUCAACCAUUCACAAGGAUUCGACGAAAGCUCUUACUCCUGGAGGAGGGGUUCAUAAGCUGACCAGAUCAACAAUGAGUUUCAUCUCCUCCCUUUCUAAACACAGCCGUGUCUUGUCUGAAAUCAUUGCAGACCAUCCGCUCCCGAGAAACACAGGGUCGCUUGAAUCUUACAUCAGAACUCCAGUCACAGAAGAUGAAGAGCGCAAUCACGCACUCUCGGUCCAUUUCGCUUGGCUCAUCCUUGUCCUGCUAUGCAAGCUAGACACCAAAGCAGAGCAUUACAAGGACGUUUCACUAUCCUACCUCUUCCUUGCAAACAACCUUCACUUCAUCAUCGAAACGGUUCGUUCAACUCACCCGAGGGAUCUCCUCGGAGAAGAUUGGCUCACUAAGCACAGCGACAAACUAAACGCUUACGCUGCGAACUACGAGAUAGCAGCAUGGUCCAAUGUAUACAUGUCUUUACCAGAGGAGCCCACAGACCUAUCACCAGAGGAGGCCAAAACAUAUUUCAGAAGGUUCCACACAGCGUUUGAGGAAGCAUAUAUGAAACAAUCAUCAAGAGUUGUAUCAGAUGCGAAGCUUAGGGACGGAUUGAAGGUUUCAAUAGCAAAGAAGCUUGUACCGGAAUACAGAGAGUUUUACAGGAAGUACUUACCAAUGCUAGGCCAAGAGAGAAACAUCGAAAUGCUAGUGAGGUUCAAGCCAGAUAACUUGGAGAAUUACAUCUCUGAUCUGUUCCAUGGAACACCAAUACUUGCCUCAUCUUCUGUCUCUUUAUCUUCUUCGUCUUCUUCAUCAUGGAUGUCACUUGGGUGUGUUUCAGGCUGAGACACUACAGUUCUGUCUGAAUAUUGUUUUCAUUGUGUGCAAUACAAAAUGAAGAUAAAAACAAAACUGUUUACAUUAUUAUAAAUAUUUAACUGAGUUUCUCAUCACACAGAGCAUAAUGUGUUGUAGAACAUAAGCAUUGUUCACUCCUCAAAUAACUAGAAAAUAAAGAAAAUAGAAUAUGCAAGAUAACAAACAAUCGGACUGCAACAACUACUUAGGAACGCCAUGAUCUGAAGGAGAAGAUAAUGAU